AAUGAAAAUGUAUCUCCAUUGAUUUCAUUCUCUCUCUCUCUCUCUCUCUCUCUGGCUUCGUCGAUUCUCGCUCAAUCCUCUUCACCGCCUCGCCGCCGUCCUUGGAAGUUCCGGCGUAAGGUCCGAACCCCACGCCCCGCGGCGCCCGGUAACCUCAUCGCCGUGCUCCGAUUCGCCGGCCACGGCCGAGUUCCGGCGUCCGAUCGAUUCUAGGGUUUUCUGUUAUUUGGGUCGCGGUGGUGGUUGGGGACGAUGGCGCAAUCGGCGGCGAGGGGGAGGGUGAUCGGGGAUUACCUGGUGGGGCGGCAGAUCGGGUCGGGGUCGUUCUCCCUGGUGUGGCACGCGCGGCACCGGGUCCACGGGACGGAGGUCGCGAUCAAGGAGAUCGCCACGGGCAAGCUCAACAAGAAGUUGCAGGAGAGCCUGAUGUCCGAGAUUCAUAUACUGGGGAGGAUCAACCAUCCGAACAUCAUUCGCUUGCACGAUAUCAUCGAGGCCCCUGGGAAAAUACAUCUUGUACUGGAAUACUGCAGAGGUGGUGAUCUUUUUAUGUAUAUUAAUCGCUGCGGAAGAGUUCCGGAAGAUGUUGCUAAACACUUCAUGCAACAGCUAGCAACCGGUCUUCAAGUUCUUCGUGCCAAUAAUCUUAUACACCGGGAUCUGAAACCACAGAAUCUCCUUCUAUCUACCAAUGAUGAACGUUCUGUAUUAAAGAUUGCAGAUUUUGGAUUUGCAAGAUCAUUGCAACCAAGGGGCCUUGCAGAAACUUUGUGUGGUUCACCUCUUUACAUGGCACCGGAGAUCAUGCAACUUCAGAAGUAUGAUGCUAAGGCAGAUCUCUGGAGUGUUGGUGCAAUACUGUUUCAGCUUGUUACUGGAAAAACCCCAUUCACUGGGAGCAACCAAAUACAGUUGCUUCAGAACAUUAUAAAAUCGACAGAGUUGCAUUUUCCUCCUGAAAGUAAGGAUCUAAGCUCUGACUGCAAAGAUUUGUGCCAGAAGUUGCUUCGCCGUAAUCCAGUUGAACGGUUGACUUUUGAAGAGUUCUUCAACCACUCAUUUCUGUUCCAGAAGCAACCAGAUGGUUCUUUGAGAAGUAGGAAGUUUUCAGGAACCAUGGAUAGUUUUCCUUCAUCAGAGUCUGAUCCCAUGAAGAACAUAGAGGAAUUGGUUAAUGAUGAUUGUCUUCCCUUUUUUCUCGAUGAUGAUUGUUCAGUUAGGAGUCCAUCCGUUUCAAAUAGGAGGACCUCGACACAGUCGAGUAAGGGAUUAACUGAUCCAAAGAUCGAUAAGAGAGAAUCGCCAUCCUCUGCUUUUAGUUACACAGAUCGAAAUUCAAGGGACAGUAGUAGCAGCAACAUGAAGAUGCAGAAUGAUAGCUUUAGGCCUGACACUUACAGUAAUUCUGAUGCAAAACCAAAUGAUUCUUUGUUGGACCAAAGACCAAUGAACACUCGUUCGAGAGUUGCGGACUCAAUGGAGUUGAUUGAUGACUAUGUUCUAGUUCCUGGACCUCCUUUGGAUGUCUCAUCUUCCUCUCUUAAUAUUUCUAAGACGAGCCAGUUUCCAUUCAAAUCAGAUAGUCCACCUCAGGCAUCUCAUGAAGUGGCUCUCCCAUCAAGUGCCCCAGUGCCAAUUGGUCUUUUAAGUAGGGGUAACAUUUACCGAACUGGAAGCAUUGGAAAUCCUACUAUUGCUCGAGGGACUUCAUUUGAAUCCAUGGAUAAUGUAGAUGCCUUAGAAAAGCCAUCGUCUCACUGUAUGACGAGAAUUACGUCAUUGCAACAGUUUGCGUGUAUCAUCAAGCAAUUAGUGAACGAAAAGAUGGAGACUGGAAAGCAUUUGGAAGCAUUUUCAAUCCAGCUUGUGAUUCUUGCUAUAUGGAAACAAGCAUUGCACAUAUGCCAUGCAGAGGCUGCAUCUGCUAUGGAAGGAAGUCCCAGCCCAGUGACUACGAGAUUUAGAAGGAGCUGCGACAAAAAGCAUUGUACUCCCAGUUUCGAAGUAUGUACUGAAGCUUAUAAUACUUUAGGGCCAGAAGAGGUUUCCGCCCAUAUUGAGGGUGAAUUUCUUCGGGAAGUGGAGCAUGCUGAGGAACUUGCGAAGGUUAUUGAACCAGGAAGUACAGAAAUGCCGGAUGCGAUGGAGGCAAUAUUUCAAUUUGCUCUUGCUCUUGGCAGACAUGGGGGUGUCGAUGAACUUAUGGGUGAUACAGAAACUGCAGAAUCAUUGUAUUCAAAGGCAGUGCAGUUGUUUCUCUUUCUUCUAGUGGAGGCGCCAUCGCUUAUCCUCAAUCCACGUUUCUCCCUCACUAACUCAGACCAAUGUAGGCUUCGUAAUUACAUUGAUAUGCUUAGGAACAGGCAAAUUCAUUUAAGGUCGGGCAUGGCUCUUCACAAAAGCGAAGACCAGUAAUGCCCCACGUAGACAAUGAAGAAGUUACUUUACUUACUCUCCCUAAUAGCUUUGCUCCUGUUACGACAGUGUAAAAUAAUUUCUGUACAGUUAUUCUUCGUGUGACUGGGGGAAGUUGGCAGGAGAGGAUUUGUAAAUAGGGUGGAGGAUGAAAAAUUCUCAAAAGUUCUGUGCAGAAACGAUCAAAAUGCCUUCACUUGUUUUCUUCGGAGGUGUUUCAGCCGGUCAUCAUAUUCCUUGAAGAUUCAGACAGUUUUGUCAUGGCACGUAUUGCAAUUCGACUUGUACCCGCUAAAUUUCCACUAGACAAUGAUGUAAAGGUACUGUUCUGUGCUCAAUCUUUGGAAUGUUGGACCCGAUAAAAAGAGAGAUUCACUCGUUAUCCUUUAGUUAACGAGGACUGAGCUUGGCUUA